GCCUAGUAAUGCCACAAUCUGUCGCUCCACGUUGCCCAUGCGCAGCUCGCCAUUGUCGGAAUCUGUAGUACCCCAAGUGUCAGCAAAGCAAUUUCAAACACACAAAUCGUUAAUGUUAUGCCUUGUCUGGUUACGUUCCCACAACAGUUUUGAGGAUGUACGAGUUCCGUUCUGUGGCACUUAAUUUUUCUUCAAGUUGCCGACUGGAGAAUGUGUGUGGAUAACGCCAGAGACACAACCUGCGUGAUCUGACAACACACCCCAGCGUCGGCCGCGAGCGCACGACAAACUACCGCCAUCUGGCACCUGGCCAGCGAUGAGUGCAUCGUUUUUUAGAAAACCACCACGUUCACCGAAAUGCCAGUCAACUCCCCGUGUUCAUCAACUGAUGCCUGAUUGCCUAAACAGGCGAAAUAUAUGUCAAUAGUCAUCCAUUCUCUUCAGUAUAGAGCUACGGCUGCGAAAAGGUCAACAUGUCCAUCACCAACACACCUACAAGCAAUGAUGCCUGCUUGAGCAUCGUGCACAGCCUGAUGUGCCAUAGGCAGGGAGGUGAAAGCGAGACAUUUGCUAAGCGAGCCAUCGAGAGCCUGGUUAAGAAACUGAAGGAGAAGAAGGAUGAGCUGGACUCCCUUAUCACAGCCAUCACCACGAAUGGCGCACACCCUAGCAAGUGUGUUACGAUCCAACGGACACUCGAUGGACGGCUUCAGGUGGCUGGACGUAAAGGAUUCCCGCAUGUGAUCUACGCCAGGUUGUGGCGAUGGCCCGACCUGCACAAGAAUGAGCUGAAGCACGUCAAAUACUGUCAGUUUGCCUUUGACCUCAAGUGCGACAAUGUCUGCGUGAACCCCUAUCACUAUGAGAGGGUGGUCUCCCCGGGCAUAGACUUAUCAGGGCUGACUCUGACCAGCUCUGGCCCCAGCUCAGGGCUCAUGGUUAAAGAUGAGUAUGACUUUGAUUCUCCGCCCAGUUUGCCCUCCAUGGAGGGGGGACAUUCCCUCCAGACCAUCCAACACCCCCCCUCCGGUAGCCGCCCGGGCCCCUCCGAGGCCUUCGGCUCCCCGGCUCUGCUCCCCAUGUCCGAGGCCUCAACCUCCGCUUCGUCCUCCUUCCCCGCCAUCGCUGCUGGAGCCGGGAAUGCAAACGCCAGCUGGCCUCGGAACAGCAGCUUCCCAAACAACAUGCCCCCCCACCAUACCAAUGGCCACCUCCAGCACCACCCCCCUAUGUCGCAUCCCGGGCCCUACUGGCCAGUGCAUAAUGAGCUAGCCUUCCAGCCUCCCAUAUCCAACCACCCAGCCCCUGACUACUGGUGCUCCAUCGCCUACUUUGAGAUGGACGUGCAGGUGGGGGAGACGUUCAAGGUGCCCUCCUCCUGCCCCGUGGUGACGGUAGACGGCUACGUGGACCCCUCCGGUGGGGACCGCUUCUGCCUGGGCCAGCUCAGCAACGUCCACCGGACCGAGGCCAUCGAGAGAGCCAGGCUCCACAUCGGUAAGGGAGUGCAGCUGGAGUGUAAAGGCGAAGGGGACGUCUGGGUGCGCUGCCUUAGCGACCACGCCGUGUUUGUGCAGAGCUACUACCUGGACCGAGAGGCGGGGCGCGCCCCCGGGGACGCAGUGCACAAGAUCUACCCCAGCGCCUACAUCAAGGUAUUCGACCUGCGCCAGUGCCACAGGCAGAUGCAGCAGCAGGCCGCUACAGCGCAGGCCGCUGCCGCCGCCCAGGCCGCCGCCGUGGCCGGAAACAUCCCGGGGCCUGGGUCGGUCGGAGGGAUCGCCCCCGCCAUCAGUCUGUCGGCGGCAGCAGGGAUCGGGGUGGACGACCUGCGGCGCCUCUGCAUCCUCCGGAUGAGCUUCGUGAAGGGCUGGGGCCCCGACUACCCGCGGCAGAGCAUCAAGGAGACCCCGUGCUGGAUCGAGAUCCACCUGCACCGGGCCCUGCAGCUGCUGGACGAGGUGCUGCACACCAUGCCCAUCGCUGACCCACAACCCCUGGACUGAGACCCACAACACACGCUCAUACACACACACACACAACCGCAGUGGUCUACAAAAGAACCUUAGUUUUCUUUUUGUAUAAAGGACUCUCUUUUGAGAGGGAUAUGCCAGGGGCCCCUUGAACAGUAUGAGUCGUGCUGUCACACUACAGAACCCACCGCCUCGCAACGGUCGACGGAGAGGCUUUUCUUUGUCCUAAUUCUUUCUUUGGGACUAACCCUUUUUCUUAGGAGAGCAGAGAAACAGAGAAACUUGAGCCAUGGGCAAAAGACGUACAUGUGAAAAUUUACAUUUAUUUUUGAUAGAUGUCGACGGGAAUGCUAAACUUGACAAACUAAAUUAGCUCCGGCUGUAGUACAGCCUACGGACUUCCUUAAAUUUGGAUAGUGAAUUAAAAAGAAUGAAACGGUGUGGGUUCCUGGAUGUAACUAUAUCUAGUUCAUCUUGACAAUCAGUAUUCACAGGACCAGACGAGGAAGACUUCCUCAUUCUGGUCAUAGCCAGUUGACGGCAGCCGGUCCAAGUGGGAUCAGGGAGCAAUCAGGAGUCCUAGAGCCAUCUUGUAGUUGAUUGAGUUCAUGUUAGCUUCUCCCGGUCUGCUAACAUACAAUCAUCUCACUGCUUUUAGCUCUAGGCCGAGGUCGGAUUAUUCAAAACUGUAAAUGGUCAUUGUUUUAAACCUGGUAGUUUGGAAAUAUUAUUUGAACUGAAUCCUGCAAUGUCAGAGUCCCAAUAUGUGGUUAUUAGAUGAAAUGCUGAAGCCAGACACAAAGUUUAAUGAGUGACUUAUCCCAAGCAUUUUUUUUUUUUUUUAUCGAUCACCAUUACAUCAACUCGUUUGGAUGAACAAUUGCGAGGAAAUGGGUGUAGAAGUGUCCUGACAUUACUGUUGAUCGCAGUUUCUCUUUGGCUCUAAUUAGCCAUAAUUUAGGCCUAUGAGAAGAGCGGUUGCUAUAAACUAUGUUACGGAGAUUGCACUGUCGCUGUGAUGAUAUUUAGUCUUUCUUCAAAUCAGUAACCCCUUCACAUUGGUUUGUAUAAAGAUUUAUACUGCUUCCGCUUAUUUUCUUUGGCUAUAUUAAAGGUGAACAAUCCCAUCUAUUUGAAAUUGGGCAAUAAUCAGAUUUUAAACAAUGCUAAAUGAAUAAUGGUGUAGGGGAAUUGUGUUAAACCAUUUUCUUUUUUACACACUAAGAAAUGCCACAAAACCAAUUUGCUUACUGAAUGUUACUGAUGUAGGCUGUUGAUCUUGCCCAUCAACCAGUUAGUGCACUGAAGUUGUCCAAUAGAACUGGAUUUUAACAUUAGAAUGUUAUUUAAGGAUAUUGAUAUUUUAAUUUGAUAUUUGCCUCUGUAUAGGUAUUAUCCUGGUCUACUGAUAAAUAUAAAACACAUGAUGACGGUGGUUUCCCAGCACACCAGUUACACUAAUUUGGGUUUUGUUUUUGGCACUUUAUUUUCUUUGUUUUAAAAUCUUUAACUUUCAGUAUUUCCUCUUGAGGAAAAUAAACUAAGGAUCUAGGUUUUAGUUCAGUAACUAAAAAUGCUAAACGUAUGCAGAUAUAUGACACUAGCGACACCUUCAUCCGGGUUUCAGCCUUUCAGCAGAUGGAUUUACAUUUUCACCUUUUUUAUUUUAGUUUCUGAGUAGCUUUUUUUUCCCCCCAUGUAAAUAACCUGUUUCUUGUAAAUAUUUGCAUGAAAUUAUACAAUAUGUUCUGAACAUCUUGUAUGCCAAACCCCAGGCCACUGACGGUACCAUUAAUCAACCAGGUGUAACAAUGAAAAGUGUCUCGACUGUAUUCCUGGUUGUACCUUCCCGUCCCGAUUAAACAAACUGUUUCUACUGCAGUUUUUUUGUGAUCACCUGCUGCCUUGAUUCUAUUGGUCAGUAUACCAGGCUCGUAAAUAAACCAUGAAUUGCAAGUCAUUCUGAUCCAUGAGCUGUAUUAACUACUUUGAUUCUGCAGUUUAAUUAAAUAAUUUGGUUAUAUGGUCAGAUUUGGUUAUGCACAUGUAUGUUGGGGAAUCUUUUUGGCCAUUGAACUUUCCUUAAUAUUUUUGUUGGCAGCUUGCAAUGGUGUGGUGGACUUGGAAUCAAAGGAUUAAGACAACAAUUUACAUUUUGCUCUGUGUAAUGAUGCAUUGAAGAAGCAACAAAACAGGAUUUUUUGGGAUAACAUUUGCUGGAUGAAAUUAUCAGAUAUCUGAUAUUGGACUCUGAAGUUGACAGGUUUGGUAUAACGUGCCGAUAUAAAAUGGGAGCCUCUACAAACAGCCUUGUGGUGACUGGCCUAUUGCAGAAAUUAGUUGAACUGUAUUUCUUAUGUGAGAAACUCCUGAAUAAAAAUGGCUUGAUAUUCUACAUUGUGAUCCUUCAAUUAUCUUCCAAAUGAAUACAAGUUAAUCGGUUUCCCAUUCUGCCAUGCAGAUAUUGUGAUGUAUGUUACCAUUCUUUUAUCUUUUUAUUUUAUCCAAAAGGACCAGUGCUGCUUCUACUAUAUCAAAGCACACAUCAGAAGACCUUUUCACAGUGGAGUCAUGGUAGGAUAAACACAGGUCAUUUGUAACACCAUUAUGGGUCUGCUACUUCUAUGUAGCAGAGCAAGGGCAGACUGACCUCAACUCCUUUACUAUCUUGGCCUGCUACAUAAAAAGAGUAGCCCCAUAUUAAGCGUAAUGAGUGACUUCUGUUUAUCCUACAGAGAUACCAAAGUGAAAAGGGUCUUGGAGUCAAUACAAAAAAGUUUUGUCAUAAGAAAAGUAGUAUAAAUCCAACUUUGAAAGGGCCUACAUGAGUGCUCUUUGGCAAAGCCAAAGCUGACAUGUACCGGUUCUUUAAGAUGAACACCCCUCUUGUUAAUCCGAGGGCAGCUAGGCUCCAGAUUUGCUCCGAUCCAUUUGACAGUGUGUUUAAAACAAUGCCUGAAAGCAUCAACUGAUCCUCUUUCACGGUUCACCGUUCAUCCCAUUUUUGCAGCCCCUCUAGCAAGCCUCCUAGUGACCAACCAG